GCUUCAGGAUUUGUUCUCCCUUUCUCUCUCCAAAACCCCCUCCCUCCCCCCUCUCUCUCUCUCCAUCUCUCUAUCGAAUCUCUUUCAGCAGCAUAUUUCUGUUGCAUAUAAAGAGAGAGAGAGAGUAGAGAGGGAGAGAAUAGAGAGAGAUGCAGGACUUCAAAACAGUGGCAGCUCCUACUAACUCUGAUAUGUAUUGCCACUCCUCCUCCUACUUAAGAGGUGAUGAAAAUGCUAGAAACAAUAUGCGUUUUGCGGAUCUUGGAGAGCUUGAUCAAUCGGCUGCUUUUCAUCACGACGAUGCUGUUGAUUUAAGCCGAAGCUCCAUAUUCAAUAUGAAGCCAAGCAAUAUUGCUAUUCUUUCUAAUAACUUGCAAUUUGGGGGUCUGAGCACGAAUAUUAGUUCGAGGCAGCUGGGUUCAAUAGGAACAGGGGUGGAAACAGGCCAGUUCAUGAUGCAGAAGGGGACUACAAUGGUGGUGAGUGGUGGUGGGUGUUUGGGAAAUGGGAAUUUUGAGAACUGGGGAGAUUCUGGAAUGGCUGACAACAGCCAACAGACUGACACUUCCACAGAUGUUGACACUGAUGACAAAAACCAGUCCUAUGGAGUUCAGCAUGGAGCACUUGUAGCUGUGGAUUCAAUGGAUCAAUCCGAGGGAAGAACAGGAGACCAGAAGUCACUUCGUCGAUUGGCACAGAAUCGAGAAGCUGCUCGAAAAAGUCGAUUAAGGAAGAAAGCAUAUGUUCAACAGCUGGAGCAUAGUCGGCUGAAGCUUACACGACUAGAGCAGGAGCUUCAACGAGCACGUCAGCAGGGUAUUUUUAUUGCAUCGGGAUUAUCUGGAGAUCAGUAUCACUCGAUGGGUAGUAAUGGGGCCUUGGCAUUUGACAUGGAUUACACACGAUGGCUUGAUGAACAUCAACGAUUGAUCAAUGAUCUUAGAUCAGCUGUAAAUUCUAACGUGGGUGAUAAUGAACUACGCCUUCUUGUUGACGGAGUAAUGUCACAUUAUGAUGAUAUAUUCAGGCUAAAAGGUAUUGGUGCAAAAUCUGAUGUAUUUCACAUGCUUUCUGGCAUGUGGAAAACUCCCGUGGAGAGGUGCUUCAUGUGGCUUGGUGGUUUUCGUUCAUCCGAACUUCUCAAGAUUCUUGGGAACCAUCUUGAACCUUUAACGGAUCAACAGCUGAUGGGCAUAUGUAAUCUGCAGCAAUCCUCCCAACAAGCCGAGGAUGCCUUGUCUCAAGGGAUGGAAGCUUUACAACAGUCCCUUGUUGAGACUUUAUCCUCCAACUGUCUGGGCCCUACUGGUUCGGGAAAUGUGUCUGAUUACAUGGGACAAAUGGCAAUUGCAAUGGGCAAAAUUGCCACGCUUGAGAACUUCCUCCAUCAGGCUGACCUCCUGAGGCAACAAACUUUGCAACAAAUGCACCGGAUUUUGACCACUCGACAAGCAGCUCGUGCUCUUCUUGUAAUUGGUGAUUACAUGUCACGCUUACGUGCCCUCAGUUCGUUAUGGUUAGCACGCCCCAAGGACUGACAGAUGUGUCUAAUCAGCUAUAUCGCCACUAUUACAAAACCAUCGAAAGCAAUGCACCAUGAAAUUUGCUAGUUGUUCACGGCUUGAAGAAACAUUAUAGUAUCUGAGAAGUAACCGUGCAUACUCUUAGGUAGUUUUUGAGGAGUCGCCAACAUUAAUUUAGUCUAUGUUGUAGCCUUCUAAUGCAAUAUUAACUACAUUUGGAUAAUACUAAUGCUUCAGAUGCUUGUUAGUGUACUUUUCCAUAUCGUGGGCAUUCCCAUUUAAUUUCAAAUAUGAAUUCAAAUGCC